GGCUGGGCAAAUCCUUUGCUCCUAAACGUGUGGCUGUGGUUGAGAAUAUUUGGAGGGUUUGUUUGCCUUAGUUUGGAGGUUCAUUUAUUUUUUUUUCCAGCUUUUAUCUGAAUUUUAAGUUUAGUUUUCUAGGGUUGAGACAAUGGCUUUCUUUGUGAAAAAUAUGAUAAGUAACCAGGUAAAGAAUUUAGGAUUUGGAGGUGGGUCUGAAGAAAAGAAAGAAGAAGGAGGCACCUCAGGCCCUGCCGCAGCUCAAGGGAUGACUAGAGAGGAGUAUGAGGAAUACCAGAAGCAGAUGAUUGAGGAGAAGAUAGAAAGAGAUGCUGCAUUUACUCAGAAAAAAGCAGAGAGGGCGUGCCUCAGAAUCCACCUCAGGGAAAAGUAUAGGCUCCCCAAGAGUGAAAUGGAUGUGACACAAAUUCAGUUGGCUAGAGAUGAUGUGGAUUUGCCAGAAGAUCUCCAGAAGAUGGUAGAUGAAGAUCAAGAGGAGGAAGAGGAUAAGGAUUCUAUUCUUGGGCAGUUGCAGAAUCUCCAGAACAUGGACUUAGAUACUAUAAAAGAAAAGGCACAAGCCACCUUCACAGAAAUCAAGCAGUCAGCAGAACAGAAGUGUUCUGUGAUGUGAGGGG